UGAAGUCGCUCCUCCCUGCAGUACUAGCACCAUCCCGACUUUAACCUUCUAGUCGCCGCUCCGCCAUCGCCAUGUCGUCCUCCUCCGUCGCCGUCGCCGCGCCGGUGGAGCACAUGGUGCUCAUCAAGCUCCGCCCGGAGGCCGUCACCUCGGGGGCCGCCGCCGCGAUGGUCUCCGCGCUGCAGGCCCUGCCCACGCUCGUCCCGGGGGUGUCCUACCUCCACGCGGGCCCCGUGCUCCGCCUCCGCUCGCCGGCCGCCGACGCGCUGGGCCCCACCCACCUCCUCCACUCCCGCUACGCCACCAAGGCCGACCUCGCCGCCUACGCCGCCCACCCGGCUCACGUGGCCGCCGUGCAGGCGCACAUCGUCCCCAACGCGCUCGACACCACCGCCGUCGACUGGGUCAACGCCGCCGAGUCCCCGUCACCCGUCGGGCCCUGCGCCGCCGUGCGGCUCACCCUCGCGAAGGUCAAGGAGGGGGCGGACGUCGGGCAGGUCGUUGAGAAGGUGGCCAAGGCUAGCAAGGACGCUGGGGCUGGGGUGGCCAGGGUCAGCUUCGGGGAGAACUUCUCGCCGGCGCGGGCCAAGGGGUUCCAGUUCGUGAUGGUGGCCGUGUUCGACAGCGUGGAGGAGCUGGAGGCCGUGGAGGCGGACGGCAAGGUGGAGGAAGCCAAGGCCGCGCUCAGGCCCAUGCUCGACGAGGUCAUGGUGCUGGACUUCGUCGUCGACGAUGCGGCAGCGGCGAGCCUCUGAUGAUUUGGGAAUAGUAAUGGCAUCCUUUGUGAAAUUUGUAUCCAUCUUGAGAUGAAUAAGAAUUGCAUGUCUGAUUAUACUUUGUACGUAUACUACAGUUUAGCUUUUUUUUUCAACUAAAAAUCUACAUGUUUCCCCUGUUUUCUUACACUGGAUGCAACAUCAAGUUCA